ACAUUUACAUCAUGGUUUGGACGUGCAUACACAAGAAUUAUUUUACAAAUAUUUAAUGUAGAAAAGAGUUUGCAAUGAUAUAAAGAAGCUACGAGCAAAUUGUUGGAAAACAUUUUUUUUCAAAAAUUUAUUUUAUACAAUUUUUAAAAAGUAUGCAUUUUAAAAUAUCUAUUUAAAAAUAAAUGAUUGAGUAGUAAUGUUGAGGUUAUAAACAAUUUUUCAUAUAAUCUUUCAAAAUAGAGAAUGACAGAGAGAGAACCCAAAAUUGAAAUUGUAAAUGAAUCAUGCCCGAUAAAGCCAAGAAAAAUUGGUCCACAAAAUAUAGCCAUAAGAUUGCGGCAAAGAGAAACUUUUGGAUGCCUAUACCCAGGAACUCAGGUGCUUGUAGCUAGGCAAUUUUAUCAAAAUGUAUUUCCAAACUAUACAGUGGUGAAUGUGGAGAAACCACCAUGUUUUCUCAGGAAAUUCAGUCCAGAUGGAAAGUAUUUAGUAGCUUUUAGUGCAGACCAAACUUCUAUCGAAAUUUACGAAUAUAGAGGAGCAGCAGGUGCUGCAGAUUUGUUGGUUGGCUGCAAAGGAGAAUAUAUUGGACACAAAAAUGACGAGAAAUCGUUUCACAUACGAAAUCACAUUUUUAAGAGAUUCUUUAAAACAAAAUGGGUCGUGAACGUUGUACAAAGCAAUGAGCAAUUGAAUAGAGAGUGCAGCCUAUUCACCGAUGAUGGACGAUAUGUGAUAGUAGGGUCUGCAGCACAUAUCCCUGAUGAAAUCAGACCUCAUUUUUACCAGAUUUACUCCAAUAAUGAAGCACUGACUCCUAAUCCUAGAUCCCCUUUGGAGGAUUAUAGUAUUCAUCUAGUUGAUAUUCGAAAUGGACGAUUAUGUGAUACAAGACAUUUUAAAAUAGAUAAAAUUUAUUUAUCUCAAAACCAAGGUCUUUAUUUGUAUAAGGAUAUUCUUGCGGUUUUGUCAGUACAACAUCAAACCAUACAUAUUUUUCAAUUGUUGGAUGGAAUGUUCAUAAAUGUCAGAACAAUCGGCAGGUUUUGUCUUGAAGAUGAAGCAUAUUUAGUCUCAAGUGUCUUUCCAGAUGUUAAUCGAAAACCUUUUAAAGAUACAACAAUAAAUAGUUUGAAACAUAAACUUCUUGUUUAUUUGUACAAAAGAGCUGCAUACAUUAGUCAUGCAACAAGAGAUCCGUACGAAUUACGACGUUUCUAUCAAUAUUUUGAGCAGCUCAGUUCCUUGAGGAUGUGGAAAAUGCAAUUGUUGGACACCGAUCACAUUUUAGUGAGGUAUGCAAGUGAAGAAGUUGCUACUUUACAAGCAAGUGAACCCAAUGCUCAACCAGCCUUAUUAGUUGUAUACGAUAUAGUGUCUGCCAAAAUCUUAGCUGCUUAUGAUAAUGCAUCUACAGAGUUAUUGACACAAUUCGAAAACUUCACGGAUUUCUUUAGAAACGCAAGAAUGAGUACAGACUGUCAAUAUAUGUGCUCUCCAUCGAAUAAUAUUUAUGCAAGAUUAAUGCAACAAAGAUUCAAACAAACGAUCAUAAGUGCCCGUUACGGAGGUGUCACAGAAGCCACCAAAAGGUUGCUUGCUCAGUUACCCAUAUGUGCCCAGUCCUACUCGAGUUCUCCCUAUCUCGACCUGUCUUUGUUUUGUUACGACGACAAGUGGGUCUCGAUGAUGGAAAGACCGAAAGCAUGUGGAGAACAUCCGAUCAGGUUUUAUGCUCGAGAUUCAGGACUUUUAAAGUUCAGGAUGCACGCGGGAAUUUUGGGAAGGUCUGCACCUGUUAUCGCCAGGAGAUUAGUGGCAUUUACCUUCCAUCCGACUGAUCCUUUUGCAAUAUCAGUACAACGUACAAACGCCGAAUAUAUAGUUAGUUUUCACGUUCGACACGUAUAAAGUAAUUUUAUACAGAAGACGGCGCGGAGCAAAUGUAAGGCAGCGCCGAUGUAAAUAGUUGUAAAUUAGAAAUUUUAUUAUUGUUUUUUACUAUGCAUAUGGAAGUUACAUAGAUGUAUAUGUUGUAUAUACUUAUACAAAUUGAAAUGGGAAUCCAUGGAGAAUUUUGUACAGAAGAUUUUUUAAUACGAAGCUUAUAUUUUUUAAUAAAUCGCCAGAAAAUUUGUAAUCUUCUUUGUUAAUGCUUCUGUCAGGCGGUUCGGAUGAACCUAGUAACUUUCGCCCUCUCGACUUCUUUAAUACAGUCUUGGUAUAAUAAUCCCAAAGCUUCGAGUAGUUUUGCUCGAUUAGCCUGAUGUCGUCUUUCAAUUCUACUUCUUCUCGUCUUUUCAUAACGAUGUCGCGCCGCGUUUGAGCAGAGACUGUUAUAGUAGCAUUGUCGAGUGUUAAAGAGUCCACACCGUCGUCCAAACGGAUAUCUAUCCGAAUAUAAAGAAAGGAUUAAAAUUUACACGACUGCUCAUUAUAUCGUCGCUCCUUGCAAUGAAGACUCGCCAAUUCACUCUUUUGCUGGUGUGGACAUAGUCAGCGUCCCUAAAAUCUGCCAAAAUCCAUGUUAAGACUGUUAAGACUGCUCCACACUUAUGCUAGAAGUUCGAAUUUUUAGCAGCGCCCCCACGUUACGUCUGAAUAACCAUUAAUAAUUUAAACAAACUUAAAGGUUGAAAAGUGGGUAUUAGUGAGUUUCAGCAAGUGUAGUGUGUAUCAUAAGGAAUAUUACAAAAUUAAGUUUAUUAGGUAAAAGUUUAAAUUCACAUUUUAUUCCGUCGGACAAAUUUUAAGAAGCAGUGGCCAUUUUGCCAACUACAAUUUGACUUUUUCCGACGAAAUAAGCCGUUAUUAUUUCAUUUUAAUUGCUUAAUUUUUGUUUUCAAACAUUCCUUAAUACUUAUUGCACGUGCUGAAACUCGAUUUAUGAUGAUAAAGUUAGUCAAUUAAUUAUAAUAAACAAAAAACGUUUUCUUCGCUAGGUGGCGGGUCACUCAAGGUGUGGAGCACUCUUAAGUCUUACGGGCGAAAAAUAGUACGAGCGGUCGCCACGGGCACUUUUCUGCCAACUUAUAUAUAUACUUAUACCUAUAUCCAUUUAUAUUAUAUACUUCCAUAAGAACAUGGUGUGUUAAAACGACACAGUAGCGCUGAUGUCGCUUUAGCGAUCCCCUCUCUCCAGCUGCACACCCAGCAAAUUGCGCGCCAACGACGCCUCAAGAGUAAAGAGUCUCAAGACUACGAUUGUGACCGAUACGGAGAAAGCUUUGUAAGUAGUCGUUAGGAACUUUUGGAUGAGUUUUCUACAAACUGCUAUCCACUACCUGUUCACCCAGCUGAAAAUUAUCACUAAAUUACGAUGACUGAAGCUCUCUUUGAGAAAAAUUUCUGGCUCUACGAUAGACUUGGAGAUGCUGAUGAUUUGGCCGAGACUUUUCCGAAUACUUUGGCUCGCUACAGGCUGGGCCGGGAAAAUUGUGAGAUGAAGAGAAACGUUCGCGAAUCUCGUCGGAGCUGCGUGUGACAGCGAUGAAAAAUGCUAAAAGAUGUAAUUAAAGGAUUUUCAAAUAAAUUUUCGCGCUUAUUCUUCA